AUGGCAGGGGGGCUCGCGGCCGCGCUCCCCGCGUCGUACCUGCUCUACCGCCGGUUCCCGUACUACCGCGCGCUGCAGCCCUCGCUCAAGGCGCUCGGCGUCAUCCUCGUCGCCGUGCCCGCGUGCGUGAUCACCGCAGAGCGCGCGAGCCAGGCGUUCGAGCGCGCGCAGUGGCACGACCGGGGCAAGACGGAGCUGGACACAAUCAAGGCGCGCGAGGCGGCGCGGUGGGGGAACAUGAGCGCGGCGCAGAAGGCGGGCGACUUCGUGAAGCGGCACGAGUACGGCGUCAUCGUCGGCAGCUGGGCCGCGGCGAUGGCCGGCACGCUCACGUACAUCAUGCGCGACAAGAUCCAAACCGUGCCGCAGAAGGUGGUGCAAGCGAGGAUGUGGGCGCAGGGGCUGACGAUCGGGAUCAUCAUCGCUGCCGGGGUCUUGACGCAUUCGCAGCGCGCGAAGCGGUUCGAGGAGGAGAUCCGAGACGGGCACCUCGUCCGCCAUCUGCCCGAGGACCACUCCUGGAAAGACAUCCUGGAAGAGGAGGAGAGGGAGAGGGCGGCGUCUGGUCCGGGCGAUGGAAGCAGGCCCUCUUGA